CUCGUCUAUUCCAAAUUAGAAAGUGGGUAUGAGUAUUUCCAUGCAUUCUUUAUGGAUAAACAUUGGCAUAAUAAUUGUACUAGAAAUGAAUAUUGUAAUAUGAGCUUCGAAGAUUACAUGAAGUUGAAAAAUAAUCUUUCACCUUGCUAUUUCACAAAGAAGGCAAUCCAUCGAUAUGAGAUGUGGUUGGAAAAUCAAAAAAAUAUUCAUAUGAACAAUACUUUCUUAACUCCUCCUUUUUCAAAAAAGCUUAUCCAAUAUCAAAGAUACUAUUCCCAAAGGGAAUCUUGGAUGGAUAAGUCAUGUUCUUUAACUUUUCCUCCUUUGCCACCAAAGUCUAUUACAUUAAUGAGUGGCUUUGAGAGAUACAUUAUGCGACGUAAUGCAAGUGUAUCAGAGAUUUCAGCCUAUAAAUUUGAAAGAAGCCAG